CAAAUGGGAAGAAGGAUUCUCAGACAAGGCUCGCGAAUGCCCCGCAGCCAUCAUUUAACUGCACCCGCAGAGCAGUUACUGUUUGUCACCAGACCCUCCCGGAUCGCCUCGUUUGUCUCUAGUGAGACCCCGAGGCUCUGCCCGCGCCGGGCUUCUCAGUAGGUGGAUGUCUGUCGUGCUCCGGGCAGCGCCGGCGCAGGGCAAGCGUUCGCGCACACCCGCGCACACACGAAAACGCGCAAGACUAAUUUUCUGGAGUUUCUGCCCCUGCUCUGCGUCAGCCCUCACGUCACUUCACCAGCAGUAGCAGAGGCGGCGGCGGCGGCGGCGGCGGCUCCCGGAAUUGGGUUGGAGCAGGAGCCUCGCUAGCUCCUUCGCUCGCGCUCUCCGAGCUCCGUGCCCAGCGGCAGGAGGAGCCUGGACCCAGGCGCCGCCGGCGGGCGGUAGGCGCCGGAGCCCGGCCCCGAGGUGCGUCCCGGAUCCCAGCGCGCGUCUAGCCAGGAGCCUGCGCCCCAGAGCGUCCCGGGAGCGCCGCGGGCCGGUGCUCGGCUCCGCGGGCCAUGCAGCGGCGGCCGCGGCGCAGCUCGGAGCGGCGGUAGCGCCCCCUGUGAGGAGGCCGGAGAUGCCCCUGCCACUGUGAACGGUGCCGCCCGCCAGGACACGUUCAGCCCCGGACACGCUCGUCUCUGCGCGCCUGCCAGGAGCACCGCGAGGAGAGAGAGGCGAGCGCGGCAAAGGCCACCCAGCACCGGCAGGGGAGGCCGGCCGGUGCAGCGCGGGGACACGUACUCAGGCCGACUCGGGCUGGCACUGGUGGCUAGGAAUGCCGUCCUGGACGAGGUGGCAUGGGCCCGCCAUGGCGCGGCUCUGGGGCUUCUGUUGGCUGAUUGUGGGCUUCUGGAGGGCCGCUCUUGCCUGUCCCACAUCCUGCAAAUGCAGCGCCUCUCGGAUCUGGUGCAGCGACCCUUCUCCUGGCAUCCUGGCCUUUCCGAGGUUGGACUCUACCAGUGCAGACCCUGAGAACAUCACCGAAAUUUACAUUGCGAAUCAGAAAAGAUUAGAAAUCAUCAACGAAGAUGAUGUUGAAGCUUAUGCGGGACUGAAAAACCUGACCAUUGUGGAUUCCGGAUUAAAAUUUGUGGCUCAUAAAGCAUUUCUGAAAAACAGCAACUUACAGCACAUCAAUUUUACCCGAAAUAAACUGACGAUUUUGUCUAGGAAACAUUUUCAUCACCUUGACUUGUCUGAGCUGAUCCUGGUGGGCAACCCAUUUACAUGCUCCUGUGACAUUAUGUGGAUCAAGACACUUCAGGAGACUAAACCCAGUCCAGAAACUCAGGAUUUGUACUGCCUCGAUGAAAACAGCAAGAAUAUUUCUCUGGCAAACCUGCAGAUACCCCAUUGUGGUUUGCCAUCAGCAAAUUUGGCAGCACCUAACCUCACUGUGGAGGAGGGAAAGUCUAUCACAUUAACUUGUAGUGUUGCAGGAGAUCCAGUUCCGAAUUUAUACUGGGAUGUCGGUAAUCUGGUUUCCAAGCAUAUGAAUGAAACAAGCUACACACAGGGCUCCUUAAGGAUAACUAACAUUUCAUCUGAUGACAGUGGAAAGCAAAUCUCUUGUGUGGCAGAAAAUCUUGUAGGAGAAGAUCAAGAUUCUGUCAACCUCACUGUACAUUUUGCUCCAACUAUCACAUUUCUCGAAUCUCCAACCUCAGACCACCACUGGUGCAUUCCAUUCACUGUGAAAGGCAACCCCAAACCAGCGCUUCAGUGGUUCUAUAACGGGGCAAUUUUGAAUGAGUCCAAAUACAUCUGUACUAAAAUCCAUGUUACCAAUCACACGGAGUACCACGGCUGCCUCCAGCUGGAUAACCCCACUCACAUGAACAAUGGGGACUACAAGUUAGUAGCCAAGAAUGAGUAUGGGAAGGAUGAGAAACAGAUUUCUGCUCACUUCAUGGGCUGGCCUGGAAUCGAUGAUGGUACAAACCCAAAUUAUCCUGAUGUUAUUUAUGAAGAUUAUGGGACUGCAGCGAAUGACAUCGGGGAUACCACGAACAGAAGUAAUGAAAUCCCUUCCACAGAUGUUGCAGACAAAUCCGGUCGGGAACACCUCUCGGUCUAUGCUGUGGUGGUAAUUGCUUCUGUAGUGGGAUUUUGUCUGCUGGUAAUGCUGUUUCUGCUGAAGUUGGCAAGACACUCCAAGUUUGGCAUGAAAGGUUUUGUUUUGUUUCAUAAGAUCCCACUGGAUGGGUAGCUGAAAUAAAGGAAAAGACAGAGAAGGGGGCUGUGGUGCUUGUUGGUUGAUGCUGCCUUGUAAGCUGGACUCUUGAGGCUGGCAUUGGGAAGUGCCACUGAUCUGGGGUUUUCUGGUAGAUGUGGGUGGUGUUUGCAGGAGGUACUGCAUGAAGCCUGCAGGUGCUGUGAGCUGUGAAUGGGGGACACCAAUGCAGAGACAGCUCACAGGCAGCUAAGAAAGUCAAGAAAACAUCUUAAAUUAAUGCUUCUCUUUUGUUCUCACAAUCGUUCAAAUACAAAAUGGAAAUGAAAUGCAUUGGGUUGUGCUUCUCUUCGGAAAGGUGUGCUGUUUGACCAUACUGGAAAUGUAUUGAUUUUCAAUGUUUCUGCUUAUUAAAGGUGAACUGCAAAGUUUAAAAAAGUCUAAAUUUAGGGACAGGUGUAAGGACACACUAAACAGUCUAAUCUCCAUUUAACAUGAAUUUUAGCAUUGUUUUCUGCUGUUGUUUAAUCAGUACUGAAUUCAGAAAGUUUCACUUUUCCACCUGGAAUGCAGUGACUAAAAGAGUUAAGGGCAUAUCCACCAUCGCUGUGGGGACUUGGGGAUGUCCCUGAGAGGUUGUUUCCUUCACUGGCCGUGAAGGCCCAGAGUCAUGCAGUCAACAAUAAUGAUUUCCUUAAAGUUUAUUGCCAGGCCAAAAAAAAGAAAAAAAAGAAAAGAAAAGAAAAAGAAAGAAAAGAAAAGAAAAGAAAAGAAAAAAGAAGCUAUUUGGUCAGGGGCUGUGGAUUUUGGUUAAGCAUAGUCAGUUUCAGAAAAACAAAAAGAGUGAAAUAUAUACAUACAGUGCAUAUAUCCUUUUAUUUGACCUCUGCGAUCCACCUGCUUUUUAGAAGUUUGCCGAGUGAGAAGGCCGCAGCAUCUCAUGCUGUUCCCAUGACAGAACUGCAGCUUUUCUACUCUGAAAAGGCCUGUGAGCAGAAUGGCUGGCCUGCUGUGAGCAGGAGAUGAUAUUCUAAGAAGGACAGUCCCCCUACGACAUACUACACUCCACUGGGUUUUCCUGGGCUGGACAGCUCUUCCUGACCCCCAGCAGCACAGAGGUGGCAGGUCGCAAAUGAAUGUGUGCUUUAUAAUGUCCAGCUUCAAUGCUGCAAGGGCAGCCUUAGAGCUACAGAAUCCUGCAUCCCUGCCUUAGUCUGAUGUGCUCACCUGUCUCACACACUUGGCCAUCUCUGUGGCCUUUGUACACGUCGCUUAGUGUGCAGCAGCUGGGAUCCCUGUCCUGAAGAGAGGUUUGGCCACCCCUGCCCUGCUUCACACCUUUCUUGUUAGGGGAACUUCAGAGCCAGGCCCUGAGCAUUUUGUUUGAAAACAAAAUUGGCUCUGACUCUUAAUGUCUGCAUAUAGACACCACGGCUGAAUUGGAAACUUACCGAUGUUUUUAAAAAGCCUUUUUCGAAGGGGAGGUAGUUACUCAAGUUUUGCAGGUCAGCUUUAAGGUUUUAUAGUUUUAUAACUAGUCCAACAUGUUUGGAAACACUGUUUUGAAUCCUGUGUAACUAAGGCAUUAAUCUCAACAAGCCAGGAUCUAUUUAGUCACCACUUGAUAUAAAAAGAUUAUCCGUGAUGAAUGUUUUAUCAUGUAUCUUUUACACUAGCCACUAAUUAUGUUAUUGCUUGAUGCAGACAUUUCACAGAGCCCUACGGAUUACAGCAUUUGACUUGGCUAUUCUAUAUGCGUAUCUGAAAGAAGGGCCAUUUCUCCAAAGCAUAAGCAGGCUGCCGAUCUCAGAAGUUGUCUUUCCAAAAAGAUAUUUGAGUUUGAGGGCAGCUGACCUUGGGUAUGGGGAGGUCUGCAUAUUCUCUGAAUUCUUAUUUUCUCGCUCACUGUUGAAUGACAGUUCCUGUCACUACUUAGAUUUUGAUCUUUCCCAAAGGUGUUGAUUUACAAAAAGCCUAGCUAAUUGCAGAAAUCCUGCCCCCCGAAAGAAAAAUGAAAUUCAAACUGAGAGCCAAGCAGAGGCAGGCUGUGAGGAUGGCAAAGGUUCUUAAAUAUCGGCCAUUUGGUACUGUUUUUUUUAAAAGCCUUUAUGUUAUUCCAUGGAGCCAUAAAAAGGCAAUGAACUGUUUAAGGACUAUUUUAUAAGUAUCCCAGACCCUAAAAGAAAAAAAAAAAAAAAAAGAAUAUUUGCCCUCAACAGCUGAAAGAAUUGCAGGCUGGAUUUUUGUUUUAAAAUGGAGAAAAGUGGACAGAUAAGGCAAUUGAAUCUAUCAAAGAGCAGUUGACAUCUCCUAGGGAACGAUGAAAACAGCAGGCUAUUAGAAAAUGGUUUCAUACAGUCUUGUGUUCUUUACUUUUCAUUUU